AUGUGAAAAUACAUUACAAAAUGCUUAACAGAUCAUUAGUUAAUGUUUGUUAUUGAUUUAUUAAUGAAAGUUAUUCUAAAGUGUUAUUAUUAAUUAGUUGCUAAUUUGUGUGUGAAAUGAAAACAAUUAUCUCAUUGUUACACACUGUAGGUUUGUGGAUGGUCUGGGAUGUUUAGGUUUGCAUGCUGCAAUGAAGACAAAUUCUAAACAUCUUCGGUAUCUGUUCCUGGCCAAAGAGGACCCACUGACUGCCCAGGACCUCAUUGAUGUCUUUAGCCCACACUUCGCAGAGCAGGGAAGCAAUCGCAGACACAAUGAAAUUAGAACCUAUGCCUGGUUCCGUGACUUCUUGCUAGAUGUGGAAGGUGGAGAAAUGCAGGUGGACCAAAGUAAAAACCUUACUCUGCAAGAGGUCCUUGCCUUUGCUUCUGGGCUGGAGGAGUUGCCCCCACUAGGAUUCAAGAACCAGCCAAUCAUUGAAUUUAUGCACACAGACCGCAAAUUCCCAGAGGCUAACACACAGUAGUCCUCCGCCUACCAAUACUCAGGAGCUAUGAGGAGUUCUGUAGUUCAUGUGCAGUGGGAUAUUGCAGGCCACAGAGUUUGGAAUGACAUAAAAUACUGUCACAUUUUUUGUUGUUUUUACAGUUUUGUUUGUUCUAUCAGACUGUUCUAUCAGAAAGUUAAGGUGUUAUGUUUAAAAAUGGUUUAAAAAAUUUCCAGCUGCUUCUUCAAGGCUCGAGCUCAAAUAAAUUCCUAUGAUUGUCAUGAGUUUUAUUUCAGACAGAGAUUUACAGUGUGGAUAUAUAGCAAUUUCACCUCUUGAAAAUACUGUCUUAAUGCUUUCAUAAAGUGAUUUAUGAUUUACUUUCUGAUACAGCCAUCAAAGUGUUAAAUCAAACUGAAGUAAUUCAAAUAAAGAUGUAUUCCAACCCAGAGUCGAUUAUUCAGUGUGCAAUAACCAUAAUAAACAUGUUGCUACAAUAAAAACAAUAUUUAGGACAGUGUAUUUCUAUUAUCUCUCCUGCAGUAACUUCAGCAGCGUGCAGAUCCUCAUUUAUCUCGGGACUGUGGCGACACCAGCAGUGCAUAAUGUAACGAUACAGCCUAAUGUCUUCUAUAACGGAGAAACAUAGUUUUUAUGACAUAAAAAUAAUUACAUGUUGUUAAAAAAUUUAACUAUAAUAUAGAAAAAUAUGUCGUUUAAACGACAACAUUCCUUCAUUACCAGGAGUGGGGGAAAAAAAUAAUACGUAUGUGGCAGCAAUACCUUACCGUAAUACCCCAUAUAUAGCUGACAAAGCAUGACGGACUCAAGCCCUAUGAAGUGAGCACAGGCUUAUUUUGAGAACACUAGGAGGGAGCACGUUCUUUUCGCCUGGUUGGACGCUUUUGACGUGUCAGUGUGCAAUCAGACGCCCGAGCAGGUGUUUAUGAAUACUUUGGGUUGCCAUACUAAUUUCAAACACUCGCGCGCGCGUCACUUGUCCUCUGCGCGCAAUACAAGCCCUCGCGCGCGUGAUCAUCCCCCACAUCCUCGCGCUCGCGAACACUUCUAUUUUUGUCAGUCGUGGGGCGGGGCUUGCUGUUUUAAUUGUUAUCUCUAACGCCAUUGGUUACUUCCCCUUUUCCGGAAGUCAGCUGUGAUUGGACGCCUGUGAAAAGGUCUAUCUGUCUAUCAACAGACCAGAUGCAAGUUGUCAUUUAUUUUAUUUUUAUAAAUAUAAGUAGGGUAAAGUGCAGAACCCUCUUACAAUGAAAGAAUAUAUUACCAUCUACCCCUAAAAUUUGACAGUAAUACAAAAUAUAUUUAAAAGUUUAUACAGCAACUCUUGCUUAUUUAUACGAACAAAUAAUUUAUUCAUCCAAAGGUCCUUUAAACCAAUUUGGGAUUUACAGUCAUGUACAUUUACCAUUUUCAUUUAUGCAUUUAGCAGACACUUUAAAAGCAACUUACAGUGCA